GCAGGCGCCAAGGCCGAAGCGACUAGGGGCGGUCGGCCCCUGGUUUCCCUGGAGACGGGGCGGAAGCGGCCGGAAACUGCGCUGUCGUUGGCCGCGGCAGGAUGGAGAAGCUGGGGGUGGAGCCGGAGGAGGAAGCCGGCCGCGACGAGGAAGAGGACGCGGCUAAGGCCAUGGACCGGGCGGAGGCGGGGGAGGCAGGCUGCUCGCGCGAAGGGCCGGUGCCUGAGGAGCCCGGCGGCGUCCCUUGGUUGGUGCCAGAAGGAGGUUCUUCAUCCAGGGUCAUAGUGCAUGUGGAUCUGGAUUGCUUUUAUGCACAAGUAGAAAUGAUAUCAAAUCCGGAACUGAAGGGUAAACCUUUAGGGGUUCAACAGAAAUAUUUGGUGGUUACCUGCAACUAUGAAGCUAGGAAACUUGGAAUUAAGAAACUUAUGACUGUCAGAGAUGCAAAAGAAAAAUGUCCACAGCUGGUAUUAGUUAAUGGAGAAGAUUUGACACGUUACAGAGAGAUGUCAUAUAAGGUUACAGAGUUGUUGGAAGAAUUUAGUCCAGUUGUUGAGAGACUGGGAUUUGAUGAAAACUUUGUGGAUCUAACAGAGAUGGUUGAGAAGAGACGACAGCAGCUUCAAAGUGAUCAACUUUCAGCGCUGACUGUGUGCGGUCAUGUAUAUAAUGACCAAUAUGUAAACCUGCAUGACAUCUUGCACGUCAGACUCCUUGUUGGAUCUCAGAUUGCAGCAGAGAUGCGGGAAGCCAUGUAUAAUCAACUGGGUCUCACUGGCUGUGCUGGAGUGGCUUCUAAUAAAUUAUUGGCAAAAUUAGUUUCUGGUGUUUUUAAACCAAAUCAACAAACAGUCUUACUACCUGAAAAUUCUCAAGUUCUCAUUCAGAGCUUGAACCAUGUAAAGGAAAUGCCUGGUAUUGGCUAUAAAACUACCAAACGUCUUGAAGCUCUGGGUAUCAGAAGUGUGCAUGAUCUCCAAACCUUUUCAUCCAAAAUACUAGAAAAGGAAUUAGGAAUUUCAGUUGCACAGCGUAUUCAGAAGCUCAGUUUUGGAGAGGAUAACUCUCCUGUGACACCCUCAGGACCACCUCAGUCCUUUAGUGAAGAGGAUUCAUUUAAAAAAUGUUCAUCGGAAGUUGAAGCUAAAAAUAAGAUUGAAGAACUACUUGCCAGUCUUUUGAACAGAGUAUGCCAAGAUGGAAGGAAGCCACAUACAAUAAGAUUAAUAAUCCGUCGGUAUUCACCUGAGAAUCACUGUAGCCGUGAGAGUCGUCAGUGCCCUAUUCCAUCGCAUGUAAUUCAGAAGUUAGGGACAGGAAAUUAUGAUGUGAUGACUCCAAUGGUUGAUAUACUUAUGAAACUUUUUCGAAAUAUGGUGAAUGUGAAGAUGCCAUUUCAUCUGACCCUUUUAAGUGUGUGCCUCUGCAACCUUAAAGCAUUAACUACUGCUAAGAAAGGGACUAUUGAUUAUUAUUUAACACCAUCAUUAUCGACAACUUCCCGCUCUGGCAAGCGCAGUUUUAAAAUGAAAGACACUCAUGUGGAAGAUUUUUCCAAAGACAAAGAAACAAGUUGGGAUUUUCUACCAUCUGGAAGAAUUGAAAGUACAAGAACUGGGGAAGCUCCCGUAGAUACUACACAUUUUUCUAAAGAAAAAGACACUGAUGAAUUCCCACUCUGGUCACUUUCUGAAGGUAUUGACCAAGAAGUCUUUAAGGAACUUCCAGUAGAUAUUCAAGAAGAAAUCCUUUCUGGAAAAUCUGGAGAAAAACUUGAAGGCAAAGAAAGUUUGAGUUGUCCAUUACAUGCUUCUAGAGGAGUAUUAUCUUUCUUUUCUACAAAACAAAUGAAAGAUAGUCCCUUAAAUCCUAAAGAUCAUUUAUCCAGCAGCAAACAGAUGUCUUCUUCCUGUGAACCAGGAACAUCAGGUUUAAGUAGCAGUAGUUGCUCUUCUCCGUCUAGCCAAAAGGAUUAUUCACAUUAUUUGGACAGUAGAUUAAAAGAUGAACAAAUGAGUCAAGGACCUAAAGAAUCUCAAGGAUUUCAUUUUUCACAUACAAACCCCGCUGUAUCUAUUUUCCAUUCAUUUCCAAAUUUGCAGAGUGAGCAACUUUUCUCCACAAACCGCACUACAGAUAGCCAUAAGGAACCACUAGCAACAGUCUCUCAUCAUGAAGGACUUCCAGAAAAUAGAGAGCAAGAUUCUACUGAUGAGAAAAUUACCUUUCCUUCUGACAUUGAUCCUGAAGUUUUCUAUGAACUACCAGAAGAGGUACAAAAAGAGCUGUUGGCACACUGGAAGAGAACAGGAUCAGAUUUCCACGUUGUACAUAAAUAAGCAUGUUCAGAAAAAAGGUCUAGAAAGCAAAGGAAAGGCCAUUGUUCUCAGAUCUAGCAGUUUAUUAAGCUCCUCUAAAUUAAACACUAAUAGAUAUUCAAUAAUGUAGAAAUCUAAAUAAGAUGUUCCAGAUAAAAGCAAGUGUAGUAAUGGGAAGUAAAUUCUGGCACAAAACAUAAAAAUAUUUAUAACAGAAAUAAUGUAAAAUGACCUUCUUAUUUCUAAAGCUAUUUUAUAUUGCUUUUCAAUAAAAAGAGUAUCAUGGUUAGUACAUUUCCCGUAAAUUAAGGGGUGGGGUGGGAGAUAUAUGUACCUAUAUGUAAAAAAUAGGCUAGUUAAAUCAUUGCUAUAAUAUAGCAAAGAACAUUUUUUUUCUGUGAAAUAAUGAAAUGGCUCAAGAAAUUUAGCCCAUUAGGAAACUUCCAAAUAAGAAAUUCUGCUGCUAUCUAUUAAAAAUUCAGUUAUCUUUGGCUGAAGUACCAUGUACUGUUUAAUAAGUUGAUUUUUAAAAAAAAAUACCAAAGCAAUGUAUGUUCAGUUAAUGCUUCUGUGUACGCUAGAACCUACUAUAUUGCCUAGCACAUAGAGGGCACUCAAGAAAUAAUGAAUGGUGUGGCAGGGGCCAGGUGGGAAGUUGGGCAGGGGAGUGUACAUGUUGCAGAGAACUAGAAGGAACUCUCCAUCCAUUAAGGGGAGGGUGGUACAUUAAGGGGAGGGUGGACCCCAAAAAGGCAGUAUGAUAGGUUUUUUAGAAUGCUAAGUAAUGGAAGAAUUCAUUUCCUUCUGGCUAGUCUUUCAAAAAAAAAAAUUUUUUUUUUAGUGUUUAUUUUUGAGACAGAGAGAGACAGCAUGAGCAGGGGAGGGGCAGAGAGAGGAGACAGAAUCUGAGGCAGGCCCCAGUCUCUGAGCUGUCAGCACAGAGCCCAAUGUGGGGCUUGAGCUCAAGAACCGCAAGAUCAUGACCUGAGCAAAGUCGGACGCUUAACCAACCGACUGAGCCACCCACGCGCCCCUACUUCUGGCUAGUCUUCAGAGUUUUAAAGUAAUGAUUAGAUGUUUUUGCAUCUUCUUUUUGGAGAUGAGACUAUGGAUGUCACACCUACAGCAGAUAUAUGCAGGCACUAAAUUGAUAGGUGUCAGUUUUUCCCAUUCAUUGCUUUCUCCUUUUGUCUGCAAGAUUAAAAAUUGGGUAUAUAAGAUUGUGGACAUCCUGUAAUUUGCAAGACAUAAGGAAGUUUCUAGAACACACCAAAGUAUACCUCAGCACUGAUUUAGAAGAGGCCUGUUCUCAAGUUUAUAACCUUUGCAGAUAUAAUCUAAAGACAAAAAUAAAGUACACAAAUGUGAAUAAAGAGUAGUGUAAAGGUGCUUUCUUCUAGGUAAGACAUUUUAUGUUAGUUUUAGAUUCCUUGAAAUUUGAGAAUUUCCUUACUAAGGAUUUUUAACAGGGAGUUUAGGGUUAUCAAAAACAACUUGGAGCAAAAACAUCAAAAGGUACUCAUAAGCAAAUAUUUAGUACUCUGCAUCAAAGACUCUGGAAUUUUCUACAUGUAGUAUACAGGUAAGGUUGUUACAUUGAUAAAAAGAAUAUAUAUUUUUUUAGAUAAUCCAUUUUUUAAAAGUUUCUAAUAAUCCUUGUAUUAGUUCAGCCAGAAAUUAUUAGACAGCUAGAAAGGUUUAAAAGAAAAAAAGGCUAAGAAGAGUAAAACACUCUUGGCCAGUUUAAAAAGAACGUAAAGUAAUAGUUAAAAGUACACCUUCUGAAGAGAGAGAACGCAGGGGGUAAAUCACAGCGUUGCUACAUAUUCUGUGACCUUUAGUUAGUCUUUCAGCAUCUUUGUGCCUCCAUGUUCUGAGUUUUUAGGUUAUCUUUUAUUUCCAUCUCCUUUUAAUCUUUUAGCUAUUCUAUAUUCUUUUCUUAAACUGGCCAAAACUGUUUUACGCCCCUUUGGUGUUCUCCAGAUUUACUCUAAUGUUUGGAGAUGUGAAUUUCCUUUAUUAAUCUCAGUAUGUGCUGGCUUCCUGUGUCUUUGACAUCAGUUCUAUAAAAUUUUUGGCCACUGACUGAUUGGACAAAUGAUGGCCUCUCUUACUCCACCCUUCAUGUUUGUUAAAAUUUCAUCUUGUUUAUUUGUGCUGCAUUUUGGUUCAUUUCCUCAACUUUGUCUCUUGUUCUUUAAUUUGUUUUUCAGCAUUGUCUGAUCUACUGUUUAAAACACUAAUGAUGGGGGUGCCUGGAUGGCUCAAUUGGUUAAGCAUCUGACUCUUGAUUUCAGCUCAGGUCAUGAUCUCACGGUUCAUUCCGCACUGGCAGUGUGGAGUCUGCUUGGGAUUCUUUCUCUCUCCCUCUCUCUCUGCCCCUGCCCCACUCGCUCUUGCUUUCUCUCUAAAAUAAAUAAAUAAACUUAAAAAAAAAAACAACCACUAAUGAUGGCUUUAAUUUUAGUAAUUAUAUUUUUCAUUUGAUUCUUUUUCUCAUCUUCCUAUUUAUUCAUUAUGGUCUCAUAUCAGUCCAUUUCUAAUUUUUAAAAACAAAAAUACUUUAUAUUUUUAAUCAUUUCAGUAUUUUAAGUCUUUUUAAGUCUAAGUUUUUGGAUAUUGUCAUGUACCAUUUUGGCCUGUUUCCUUGUGUGCGUGGCUGAGCUUAGUCUGUGGGAAGACAAAGGACCUAGAUUGUGCUUGAUUCCCUUCAGAUUUGAUUUGCAUUUGCUUCCAGUGAGUCAGUAUCAACCCCUUUGGCACCACAGUAGCCCCUUCAAGGUCCUUCCUGAAUGUGGUUGUCUUAGUUUGUCUUAUUUUCAUCUCCCUGGCCUUGCUACUGUCCCAAGGUUUUGUCUUCAGAGGUGGAUGGCAGGCUGCUGUCAGCAUUUGCUGUCAGGGUAAACCCCACCUUUCAAAUUUGCUUUUUGCCUGAUGCUUCCUGAUCCUUUCCUGCUUUUGUUUCAGCUCAUUGUUUUCCUCCCUGUGAUUGUAGGGGAUUGAGGCCGGGACAUUCUCCUUACAUAGUUCAAUGAACAAUGAGUUAAAAGGUGUGUUUUCUCCAGAAUCUAGCGUUUUGUAUUGGGAGAACUGAAAGUAUCUGUCCCACCAAUAGUGCCAAAGUGCAAAUCUAUUUGGAUUUAUUUUUUCCAUAUUGUUUUGUGCUUUCUGUUUUUCUCUUUUCUGUGCUAUGCUUUUUUCCCCAUUCUUUCAUCUUUUUGGAUUGCUUGAAUUUUUUAUUAUGUAUUUUCCCUUGACUGAUUUGAAAUGUGAACAUUCUAAGUACUCUUGAUUACUCUUAAGAAUUUAACAUGCUUAACAUCCCCAAAUGGUAAAUACAUGUACCCUCUUUCCAAAAAUCACAAAGUUGUUAAAAUAUGUUAAUUCUGGUCAGAUUCCUUUAGUAUUUUAUAGAGUUAAUGUUUCGGUUUGCACACAUGAUUAUCUUUUUUUUUUUUUUCCUGACCUUUUUUUCUUGCAUAUCAGAAAUUCAUUCCUGGGGCGCCUGGGUGGCUCAGUUCGUUGGGAGUCUGACUUUGGCUCACGUCAUGAUGUCACAGUUGAUGGUUCAAGCCCCGCCUCGGGCUCUGUGCUGAUAGCUCAGAGCCUGGAGCCUGCUUCAAGUUCUUUAUCUCCCUCUCUCUCUGCCCUACCUCUGCUCGUGCUGUCUCUCUCUCUCUCAAAAAUAAAUAAAAAUGUCAAAAAAAAAAAAAUUCCUUCGAAGUAGAAUUCACUUUAUAAAAUUAUGUCUUUAGAACUGUGGAUUUCAAGUUGACUUCUUUGGGCUGUUUUAAGAUGUUCACUUUUAUCUUUGGAAGUCUGUAGUUGUUAUUAUAUGUCUAGCUAUAGAUUUCUUUUUAUCAUGUUUAGGAUUUAGGUGCUUUCUGAAUCUCAAUUUAUAUCUUCAUCAAAUCUAGAUUAAUUUCAAUAUUUAAAAAUAUUGUGAAAUCUACAUACAGAAAAGUACAGAAGUAAGUUAGUGGGUAAUUUUUUUUUUUAAUGUUUAUUUUUGAGAGAGAGACAGAGCACGAGUGAGGGAGGGGCCGAGAAAAAGGGAGACACAGAAUCCGAAGCAGGCUCCAGGCACCGAGCUGUCAGCACAGAGUCCAAUGUGGGGUUCGAACUCAUGAACCGCAAGAUCAUGACCUGAGCUGAAGUUGGACAACCAACCGACUGAGCCAUCCAGGUGUCCCAGUUAGUGGGUAAUUAUAAGCAACAACUAUGUAACUAGGUCGAGAAAUAAAACGUAUCAAGUGA